AUGUGGUCUGUCCUAAACUCGGCGGAGUGUGAAGCAUUUUCUGAUCUCUCAAGCGCCGCCGUCGAAGGAUUCUUACCUCGGUUAAUCAAAAUGGUUCUCCCGAACGAUGUCGAUUUGCUGCAUCCUCCAUUGGAAUUGGAGAAGAAGAAGCACAAGCUCAAGCGUCUUGUUCAGUCCCCCAAUUCUUUCUUCAUGGAUGUGAAAUGUCAGGGUUGCUUCAACAUAACCACUGUUUUUAGCCACUCCCAAACCGUUGUCGUCUGUGGUAACUGCCAGACGGUGUUAUGCCAGCCCACUGGUGGUCGUGCACGGCUCACCGAGGGAUGCUCUUUCAGGAGAAAGGGGGACUGA